UGUGUGUGUGUGUGUGUGUGUGUGCGCCGGAUAACUGCUUCCAGUGACCAAGACAUCUGAGGAAUAUAUCUAAAAGCUGGUGUUAUCUGAUGCCUACAGAUGUUGUCUAAGUAGUGAGUCAUAUCAGUGUCUCAUUGCAAUCCUGCCUCCCUGCUAAGGCUGCAGCCCUCCAGUGACACCCACUCACCAUGCCUGUUUCGUGUCCUUCUGCCACUCAAGUACCAUCGUCGCCAGGUCUACAUUUAAAGUGGAAUGACCUUCCUAAUCGGAUUCGGUUGGCAGCCCUGUCAUUACUUGAUCAGGCUGGAUUAAGAUAUGAAGGGGGCCUACAUAGAAUCGGAGUGAUGGGGGCGGUGGCUGCCCCUGUCUCCUUCCUCCCUUCUGUCAACCAUUCCUUUCCUUCGUAUAUCGCCGAAUGGAUUCUCCCUGUUGAAGCGAGUAAACAGCCAAUACAAUUACAGUUAGACAAUUAUGCUUAUUUCUAGUGACUAAUUUAUUGAAAAGAGCGCCAGAUGAUGCGCUGCGUGUCUUUUGAUCUCAUUAGACUCCCUAGAGAGAGAGAGAGAGAGAGAGAGAGAGAGAGAGAGAGAGAGAGAGAUGGUGUUUGUAUUCAUGGAAGUGAGCUUUAAUUUGAGAUGCCCAAGCCAAAAAGGUGUCGUCACAUCCAAGCCUUUGUGGACAAGAGGUGAAGGAGGACAAGGCUCAGUCCCUGAGAGCUGCUCCCCACCAGGCCUUGCCUCACCUCAGAUUCUCAAGAUACAUAACCAUAACCAGCUCCUCAUGCAUCACAAAUUGGUGCAAGACUGGAGGCUGGACUGGAGGCUGAUUGCACUCAUAUCUGAUAACAUGCUCACCUUCUCUUGCCGUUGUGUAAGAACACAAAUGAUGUUAUUGUGCUUGCAAAAAUACAGUUAAUAUUCAGAGCACUGCACUGAGUUCAUUGUACCUUAGCAUCCCUCUCUAUCAUCACAGCAGUAUAUAAAGACCGAGGUGCUGAGGUGAAGCUCCUGAAGACCACCACAGCUACUGCAUCCCUCCCACACACACCCUGGCCUCCUCCCCCCUGGGUGUGCCAUAGCAGCAAGUCCUGGGAAUGCUGAUGCAGUCCACCACCCACAUUCCUCAAGUUUCACACUACCUUCACACUAUCUAAAUAGUGUCAAGGAUAAUAAUCCUGUGAUUUAAAAGAACUUCAGGAACUAGGACGGUUUUACUACCAAAAAAGAGUAUCUGGUGAAUUUCCAGUACUCAGGUAUUGGGUGAAAGAAGGAGUGAGGUUUGGGCAAGUGUGUCCAGCAGGCGUGUGCACUGGUAGGCUGAGCACAAAGUUUCCUGUGGUAGUCUGAACAUGUCAGUGCGUCUCCUCAAUGCUGCUGAGCCCUAUUUGUACAUCAGAAAUGCCUUUGCUUUUCCACUUGUGGGUCCUCCGAAAAAAGGCGACUCUGACCCAGUCGUGCUGACCUCUAUUUCACUGGCGGUGACUGUCGGGAUCCUGCUGCAGUAUUAUCUUGAUGCCAAAGUGUCAGGCAGGAGCCUGGCAGAGGAGCAGGUGGAGGUGUAUGAGGCGGUGGCAGAGAAGCUACACACUCAGUUUGAUCUGGACGGGCGGGCGUGUGUCCUCAGGUUCAUCUGUGAGCUGCAGCAAGGACAGCUGGGGCACAGCACCGUGGCAGGAAAGAUCCUGACUGUGCUGUUCACACCUCACACCCUGAAGACAAAGGGCCAGCCGUACCUCGCCGCCAAGGGUCUGGGCCGCAGGAAGGAUGCUGCGUGUGCCUCCCAUUACAGCUCCUGCCCCCACAGUGUCUUCCUCUACUUUGAGACACUCAGGAACCUCACCACCACAAACCCACACAACAGACAUUCCUGA